AUGGACAAGGCAUUGAUUGAGCUACUUGUUGAUCAAGUAGCAUUGGGCAACAAAAUUGAUAAGGGGUUUCGGACAUUUGCUUACACAUCAGUAUGCAAGGAGAUGACUGCCCGUUUCAAUAUUGAUAUGAGAACACCCCAUACUAAGAAAAGAAUGAGAACAUUAAAACCCAUAUACAUGGAAGCCAAGAAGCUGCUCGAAACUAGUGGCUUUGGCUGGAAUGAAACCAAAAAUCAAAUCAUAGCUGACCUAGUUGUUUCGGAUGAUUACAUCAAGAUGUUUGAGGAGAUGCAAACAAUUAUGGAAAAUGAUCAACCUAUAGGUGACAAGGCUAUGGUAGGGUUUGAGUCAAUGACUGAAUGUAAUGUUGAUUUUGAUGGUGCUGAAGAGGAUGACCUUGAGAUCAAUGAUGAUGCAAUAACCCCACUGACUGUUGAUGAAUUCAUUUGUGAAGAUGGUACUCAAUCAGUCUCCAACAACAACCGUAUGGCAGAGAUUGAGAUGGAUUUCUUGAACUGUUUAUGGAAGGAAGUUAUGGACUUGGAAAGGUAUGACAUUCAAGUCCGGAGCACUAUCUUUAGGUACCUAGGUGAACAUGACAAGGAAGCAAGGAUUUUCCUUGCAAGGGACAAGCCAUUUAGGGCUCAGAUGGUCCUAUCCAUCAUAUCUAAGAUGAUUGGUUUUGGUGGAAUGUAG